UAACAGAAGGCAUUGCGUGGCAGUUUGAGACUGAAACACGGCUGGAAAGAAUGUAGAUUGAUGAGGAAAAUCAAAUGGCAGAGUCUGAAUCUGUCAGUCUGGCUUGAUUGCAUGAGUGGUGGUUCUUCAAAAGCAUCUUCCAAGCCAUGACCUCAACCACCAAGAACAGAGAAGUGUGAACACAGGAUUCCGACUGCAAGAUAUAUCGCAUUGCUUCUUUGUUAUUGACCAAAAUGCUGGAACUCACUCCUGAACAUUGUUGCAGACCACACCAUGUUUGUGAAGCAAUUUAAGAGGCAGCUCAGCACCACCUUUUCAAGAUUCAGGAAGUCGGAUCUCGUUGAACGAAGCUUCUUUUUGAAAGAAUUGAUUGGCCGUUUUCGCACAAGGAAAUGUAAGAAGCAAGGGCUCGUCCGGGAUUUGAACCCGGGAUCUCUUGCACAUCCACGCAGCAGGAGGCCCGAAGCGAGAAUCAUACCCCUAGACCAACGAGCCACACGCCCCAGGUAAUAAGGUGAAAGGGGAUAAUGGACAAAGCAAUGAAAACAAUGCUGACUCUAAUUCUGCAAAGUAUUUGAAGAUCUGAAGACUGAAGUUUAAAAAUCAACAGAUGAAGGGCCUAUGCCUGAACCGUCGAUUCUCCUGCUGUUUGGAUGCUGCCUGACCUGCUGUGCUGUUCCAGCACCGCACUUUUCAACUCCUCUCCAGCCUCUGCAGUCCCCACUUUCACAUCAAUGUCUGACAGUCACUCAAUCCAUCGGGACCUCAACGAUUUUCAACUAUGAUUCUUUGAGAAGGAGCAAAACAUUUUGGUUCCUGUUUCAGACCAUUUUCAGCAUCAGUGGGACUGGAUGAGAGUCUCUACUGUUACAGCGCACUUUGUGUAAAGCCUGAAACAGUUAUACGGCCAGGAAAGAGGAAUUUACUGUGGGCAGGGACCGUACACGGGUCUGUAGCUGCGGUCAUGGUGAAACCAGAGGAAUCCCACACUGUGGAGAAACCGUGGAAGUGUUGCGACUGCGGGAGAGGCUUCCAUGCCCCAUCUGUCCUGGAGAUUCAUCGGCGAAGUCACACCGGGGAGAGGCCAUUCUCCUGCCCCGAGUGCGGAAAAGGCUUUACCUGCUCCUCCCACCUGCUGGACCACCGCCGAGUCCACACUGGGGAGAAGCCAUUCUCCUGCCCUGAGUGUGGGAAGGGCUUCACCUACUCCUCCCACCUGCUGGCCCACCAGCGCGUCCACGCUGGGGAAAGGCCCUUCCCCUGCUCUGAGUGUGGGAAGGCCUUCAGCAAAUCCUCGGACCUGCUGAAGCACCAACGAGUCCACAGAGAGGAGAGGCCAUUCAGCUGCCCUGAGUGCGGGAAGGCCUUCAGUGAUUCCUCUAUUCUGCUGAGGCACCAGUGGGUCCACAUCGGGAAAAGGCCGUUCUCGUGCCCUGAGUGCAGGAAGGGCUUCACCCGCUCUUCUGCUCUGCUGACCCAUCUGCGGGUCCACACGGGUGAAAAGCCCUUUAGCUGCCCCGAGUGCAGGAUGGCCUUCAGCAGGUCUUCCCACCUGCUGAGGCACCAGCGAGUCCACACUGGGGAGAGGCCGUACUCCUGCCUCCAGUGCGGAAAGUGCUUUACCCAGCCCUCCAACCUGCUGACCCACCAGCGGAUCCACACCCGCGAGAGACCGUUCUCCAGCCCCGAGUGCGGGAAGGGUUUUGCUGUUUCCUCCCACCUCGUGGCCCACCGGCGGGUCCACACGGGGGAGAGGCCAUUCAGCUGCCCCGAGUGCGGGAAGGCCUUCAGCAAUUCCUCUGCCCUGCUUAGGCACCAGCGCGUUCACACCGGAGAGAAGCCGUUCUCCUGCCCAGAGUGCGGGUAGGGCUUUACCCGCUCCUCCACACUGCUGACCCACCAGCGGGUCCACACAGGGGAGAGGCCAUUCAGCUGCCCCGAGUGCAGGAAGGCCUUCAGCGAUUCCUCCGCUCUGCUGAAGCACCAGCGAGUCCACACCAGGGAGAGGCCCUUCAGCUGCCCUGAGUGCGGGAAGAGGUUUACAUUUUCCCGCAACUUGCGGAAGCACCAGCGGGGGCACCAGCGCUCACAACAAUCAGAUUCCACCGCUGACACUGCCAUGAUCCCCCCCAGGACUGAUUCUCCUGACAGUGGGUGCAGUGGGAGAGUUGGUGCACUGUAUUUGUUUUCCGUUGGACUGCAACCCCACGGUGGCUCAGAGGUGGCAUGGUGACUGAGUGAUUAGCACUGUUGCCUCAUGGCACCAGGAACCAAGGAUCAAUUCCACCCUUGGGGCGACUGUCUGUGUGGAGUUUGUGGAGGGUAGGAGAAUGGAUGAGAUAAGAAACCGCUGCCUGCCUUGAGACAAGUCUCCCGGAGAGAACUUGCUGACUGAUUGAUUGUCUGAUCUACUGAUCCUCACAGUGCCCCAUUGCCCUCAGUUAACUGGAGGAGGUCCACACAGAUGUACCGAAGCCCCUCUUUGGACUGUGGAAGGAAACCUGUGCAGACAGGGAAAGCAUGCAAACUCCACAUAGACAGUUACCGGAGGCUGGAAUUUAACUUGGGUCCCUUAUGCUGUGAGGUAGCAAUGCUAAGCAGUGUGCUACCCCAAUAUGUUAUAAAAUUUGAAUAAACCUACUAAGUUGGAAAUGUGUCCAUGCCAAGAACUUACUGUAAAUGUUUGGAAGCAAAAGUCCAUCGAAAUUGUCUUUGUGACGGAUCUAAAACUUACUUCAUUAAUGAUUGAAAAUACUUUGACCUCUGAAACUGUCUGCCAGAGAGUGUGUUGGAGUCAGAUUCAAUUACGGUAUUCAAAAUAGAGGUGGAUCAUUCAACUGAAAAGGAAAGCAAUUGCAGUGUUCAGUGAAGAAUAGUACAAGGUACUGUAGUGGAUGUCAGAACGAGUUUUCUGAUUGGGGCUGUUCACUUGCUCCUGUUACCAUUUCAGGUUGCUGACUUUUCGUUAGCAUCCUGCACAUGUUGGGUUUUUUUUUUCUCCUUUCUAGUAUCUAUUUGAGUGAUUCAGUGACAAAUCUAGUUUAUGAAUUGUUGCUAUGAUAUCUCAUGAGAGGGUUUAUGAUAUUCAGUGCUGUAUAAAUUGUUGUGGGUCACAAUGUGUCCAAGUGAGGAAAAACAAACUGUUCAUCUUAAAUAUUUGUUUUUAAACAAUGGAAAUA